AGUCCUUCGGCACUUGCAGAACACUUGCAAGUCUGCAAACCCUCUCUCCUCCGGCCAUUUCAACGGCAUCACGACGACGGUGUCUUCCUAACCUUCUUUAGCUCGAAAAUUUUCAAGCUGCGAAGCAGAGCCAAGUCUCGCGGGCGAUAGACAACGACGUAGUUCAAUUCCGAGAAUGGCUUCGAUGGUGUUCAGCGAGUGCUCGACUUCGACUACGUCUCGCUUCUUCCCCAUGAGCCUGCGCAAGGAUGCCGUCGUUUUGCUCCGAAGAUUGUCGCUGCCUCGCCAUUCGUGUGCCUCGAAGGUCCCUCUCUCUUUCAGGGCCUUCACCGUUGGCGCUUCUACUCCGACUUCACCACCACCUUCUGCUUCAGUGGCGAUUGAAGCUUGUGCCAAAGUGAUUGAUGGAAAAUAUGUUGCAAAGCAAAUCAGAGACGAGAUCUCAUCUGAAGUAUCUAGAAUGAAGGAGGCGAUUAGGGUUGUACCAGGGUUAGCAGUGAUUCUUGUCGGCGACAGGAAGGAUUCUGCUACAUAUGUACGCAACAAGAAAAAGGCUUGUGAAUCUGUGGGAAUUAACUCCCUUGAAGUGCAUUUGCCCGAAGAUUCAAAAGAAGAAGAUGUGCUCGAGUUUAUCUCAGGAUUCAAUGAUGAUCCUUCCGUUCACGGCAUUCUUGUUCAGUUACCUCUGCCUUCACAUAUGAAUGAACAGAGUAUCCUAAAUGCAGUAACUAUCGAGAAAGAUGUGGACGGAUUUCACCCAUUGAACAUUGGUCGACUUGCUAUGAGGGGUAGAGAGCCCUUGUUUGUGCCCUGCACUCCUAAAGGCUGCAUAGAGCUAUUGCAUAGAUAUGGUAUUGGCAUUAAGGGAAAGAGAGCUGUCAUUAUCGGCCGGAGCAAUAUUGUCGGGAUGCCUGCUGCUUUGCUACUUCAAAGGGAAGAUGCAACUAUCAGUAUUGUCCAUUCAAGGACACAAAAUCCUGAGGAGAUCACAAGAGAGGCAGAUAUCAUAAUUGCAGCUGUUGGGCAAGCGAACAUGGUGAGAGGAACGUGGAUCAAACCUGGUGCAGUGAUUAUUGAUGUUGGAAUCAACCCAGUUGAGGAUUCCAAAAGCUCUCGGGGUUACAAGCUGGUCGGAGAUGUCCACUAUGAGGAGGCUUGUAAAGUUGCAUCAGCCAUCACUCCUGUUCCGGGAGGGGUUGGUCCGAUGACCAUAGCAAUGCUUCUCUCUAAUACUCUUACAUCAGCAAAGCGGGCACACAACUUCCAAUGAGUGUAGGAGAUUCAAGACGUGACUUUACAAUUUGGGAGACAAUUGUACAAACCGAGCAAUGCGAUGCUGCUGUUUCCAGCAGGUGUCCUGACUCUACCAUUCCUUGGGUGCUUCUUCAUCGCUCUAUCUUCAGUUGAUCUAGCAGAUAGCGAAACCAAUUUUUCCUUACCGGAGUCAAGCUCUCUAAGAGAGGAUUUGGUCAUCUGGAAAUCACACAAACAUGGUACUGGCGGCAGUUAUGCAGUGAAUUUUUUAUGAGAGAGAGAGAGAGAGAGAGAGAGAGAGAGAGAGAGAGAGAGAGAGAAUAGCGUAUUUGAUUCGCACCUGGUGAGUUCAUCACAGGAAACCUAUUAUAGUGUUUUGACAUUCGCUAAGUUCUUUUGCUCUCAGGUCCAUAGAGGGGCAAGUGAUUCAAGUCUUUUUUUUUUUUUUAUGCAUUCUGUCUUAGUUUUGGUUCAAAACAUACAACAACGUUAUGAACUCCGACUUCUUAUGCCAAAUGCAUGAUUAAACCUUGAGGUUUUGUAAU